AUGUCCACAGCACACGACAAAUUUAUUGGACUGGCUUUGGCGAUGCUGGCAUCGGUGGCAAUUGUUGUUUCCGGUGAAUUAAUGAACACUGCUGCUUAUGCAUUUGCCCCGGCUGUCCUUGUCACGCCGUUGGGAGCGUUGAGCGUGCUCAUCGGAGCUGUGUUGGGCGCAUACUUUCUCAAUGAGAACCUCAAUACAGUCGGGCGCGUUGGCUGCGCAAAUUGCCUUCUAGCUUCCAUUCUCCUCGUUCUGCAUGCUCCGCCUGAUCGAGAGAUACAAUCUAUCGAUGAAGUCUUGGACCUAGCUACCAAACCUUUAUCAGUGAUGAGCGUGAAAGCAUUCGGAAUUGCUGUCAAGAUCACUUUUGCAGGCAACAAUCAGUUUUUGCAUGGUUCCACCUAUGUCUUUCUCGUUGUUCUCGUGAUCACAACACUUACACAAACACACUACUUGAAUAAGGCAAUGAGCAUUUACACUGCAUCUUUGGUAAACGCAAUGUAUUAUGUCGGAUUCACAACCUGCACGUUAUCAGCCUCCUUUAUUUUCUACCAGGGCCUCAACACCAACGAUCCGACAAACAUUAUUUCUCUGAUUUGCGGGUUCCUUUUGGAAUUUGUUGGUAUUGCAUUGCUAACCAUCUCGAGGUAUGACGAUGGGUCAGGGACAGCAGCAAAUCAGUCCCAGACGAGGACUGGAGAUUAUCAAGUUGUUGCUCGCAAUGAUGAUGAAGUUGAACAUGAUGUGGAAUUGCGGUCAGUAUAA